AUGGAAAGGUCAGAAUUCGAACAUAUUCAAGAUUUCAAAGACUCGCAACCUCUUCUAGAGGAGAGUGAACCUGUCAGCAGGAGCCAGAAAGCGUUCAAGCUAUCAUGGAACACUAUUUUCACAACCCUAACAGGAUUGUACAUCCUGAUAUCGGCACCUUUCAUUAUCUGGCUGUUAAGGAAUCGCAUACCUCAAACAUAUUCCCCUGCUGCUCGUAUUCUCUCUUACUCGCGCCAGCCAUUAUAUUUCGGCGAGGAGAAGAAAUACACAGGAGUCCCCGAGGACGUAGACGACGCAUGGGAUAACUUGCUUGCACCUAUGAACAUUCGUGCAACCAAGAAGGAACUAGAGCAGGCUCGUGCAGACUUUGGAGAAGACAAUGUUCUGCUUACAGACGGCGAUUAUGUCUCCGUUCUGUCAGUGUAUCACGAGCUACACUGCCUCAAUGCUCUUCGAAUGAACAUCUAUCACGACCACUACUAUCCGAACAUGACUGAAGAUGAGUUCAAGUACAACAUCGAACACAUGACCCAUUGUGUUGAUACUAUCAGACGCAGCCUGAUGUGUAAGGCAGACGUAGCCCUGUAUUCGGCCUACUGGAUCGGUGAUCAAUAUACGUUUCCCAGCAAGGAGCUCCAGUCGAACUCCGACACGGUUGGUUAUAUCAUAACUUUGCUCCAAAGCUCAGCAAGUCUGAACAUACACCUACGACGCCCUAGCACCAUGAUGGUAUCCAACACAGAAGGCAUCGCCUCCUUUGCUGUUCCCGGGCUUGACAAACCCUGCGAGACCUGGUACAAGGUGGUUGGAGAUCUCGCGUCCCCUAAGACUCCUUUGAUAAUUCUGCACGGUGGUCCCGGGGCUUGCCACGACUAUCUCCUUCCUCUCUCAGAUAUUGCAUCCCACUUUCCAUUGGUCUUCUAUGACCAAAUAGGCAAUGGCAAGUCAACUCACUUGCCUUCCAAAGCCGGCGACGAAGCAUUCUGGUCUGUUGACCUCUUCCGCGCGGAGUUGGACAAUCUACUCGAGCACUUGGGCAUCUCGGACCGCACAAUAGAUGUCUAUGGCCAUUCGUGGGGUGGAAUGCUUGCGGUGGAAUGGGCUGCCAAGUCUCCUUCGGCUGUAAGACUGCGCCGUCUGGUGAUAUCCAACAGCUUGGCCAGUAUGACAGGAUGGAGACAAGGGAUGUCCCAUCUGCGCAGUCAAAUGCCGGCUGACCUACAGGCAGUGCUCGACCGCGGCGAACAGGAGGAGAAUUUCGAGACUCCCGAGUAUGAGGCUGCCAUGGAUGUCUUUUACCAGCGACACUUCAGUCUGGCGCGACCAUGGCCGUGCAAGGAAGUCAGUGUAGCGCUGGAGUGGUUUGGCAAGGAUAUGACCACCUACGGUACAAUACACCGCCCUGCUCAACAUGCUAAUCGUGAGACAUUCAGGUACGGUCCGAGCGAGCUAUACAUCUCUGGCUCCCUCCGCGACUGGACGUCGGUUGCGUUCCUGCCGGACAUCAAAGCUCCAACCCUGCUGAUCAAUGGAGCGCAAGAUGAGGCCCAAGAUGUAGCCAUGCAGCCAUUCUUCGACCUGAUUCCCAAGGUCAAGUGGGUCAAGCUGGACAAUGCAGCUCACUUCUCGCAUGUGGACCAGAGAGACCGUUAUAUGCAGGAGCUAGUUCAAUUCCUUGAUGUACAGUGAAACCAGCCCGUGCGCACGCUUAGAAGGAAGGUCUGUCAGGAGAACGAGACUGGAUGUUAGGAAGUUCCGUGAUGACACUAAAAAAACCACUUCCUCAUCUUAGAC